UUCACCUUUCGACGGAAACGCAUCGCGGCCGGCAGGAAAUUGUACAUAGUCAUAAUUGUGUUUAAUAUAAACAAAAAUAAAUAAUAAAUUUAUUUUUGAGUGUUUUAUAACGGAAUAUUGUGUGUUUUUAUUUUAUUUUGUGGAUUUUUUACAAAAGAAAGUGAAAUAUUUCUCAAAUCGGAUUUUAAUUGAAAUUUUCUUGUGGAACUGGUUUGCGUGUGUGCACAUGUGCUGGUUUAGUGGAUAUGUUAAUUGGAUUAUUUCGAAAGCAAACAAAUUAGAAAACUCCAACAAAACGUGCCAAGUAAAAGGAUUAUCUAUUUAUAUUGAUGGUAUUCAGUGCAUCUUAUCAUGAUUAUCUACGCGUAUGCUUGUAUCUGGUGCAUGAAGCUACGAAGAAUAGUCGGUGGAAAUGAUAUGAAGAUGCUUCGAUACUCUGAAAUUCCACGAGAGAUUUCAUCAGAUAACUUCGCCAAAUUUAACAAACUCGAAGAACAUCACAAGGAAGAUGAUUGUUGCAAAGUAAGCAAUGGCGGCCAUCCGAAACACGAACGCGAACGAAAAAUAUCCUCACACAGCAUAUCAGGCGGACCGGGACCACCUCCAUACAAUUAUUCUAAUCAUUCGACAUCAUAUUCAUCAGUACCUGUAAAUCCGAAAACACAAAGCCUUCCGAGCACGGCGCGAAGCGUGGGCGGCGGCGCCGUGCUGGACGUGUUGCGCAUCUCUCCCGAGGAGCUCGCCAGCCAGGUGACGCUGCUCGAUCUGCCUUCCUUUCUGCUCAUCCAGCCGGACGAACUCACCAGCUGCGCGUGGAACAAGAAGAAUAAAUUAAUCGUCGCACCCAAUGUGGUUGCAUUCACAAGACGCUUUAAUCAUGUGAGUUUUUGGACGUUACAAGAAGUGUUGUCAGGAAAAACGCCAAAGGCGCGCGCUGAACUCCUAGCACACUUCGUCAAAGUCGCCAAGAAACUCUACGACCUCAAUAAUCUGCAUUCGCUCUUUGCAAUAAUCUCAGCCUUACAAAGUGCCUCCAUUUAUAGGCUUUCGAAAACAUGGGGCUACCUAUCGAAGAAGGACAAACAGACGUUUGAUAGGCUCGCCGAGGUGUUUUCCGAUAAUAAUAACUGGGCGAAUCUGCGCAGUCACAUCGAGAGUCUCAAGUUGCCGUGCAUUCCCUAUUUGGGACUGUAUUUGACUGACUUGGUGUACAUUGAUAUGGCGCAUCCGCAUUCCGGCGGCCUGGAGUCGCAACAGCGCAGCCUCAAGAUGAAUAAUAUUCUGCGCAUCAUCUCCAAUUAUCAGCUCUCUAAUUACUCUCAUCUGACGGUCAUCACGCCGGUGCGCGACUAUCUCAAUUCGAUCAGGUACAUCGAGGAGUUGCAGAAGUUCAUUGAGGAUGAUCAAUAUAAAUUAUCAUUGCGUUUAGAACCACCAUCACCCCCACCGAGUUCAUCCAGUUGCAGUUCCAAGGAGUCUGUAAUCGACAAUAGCGCAAUCGCCUCCCUGAAUUUAUCACCCGCAAAGGCAUCGAGUGGUUCAUUGCGAUUGCACGCUGUCACUGCCGGAACAAAGUUCAUCCCGGGACAUCGAAAGUCACGCUCACUGGGAACAAACAUUUUUAGUAAAGGGCAGCAGACAACGAGUAUUGACUUGUGUGACAUGCCCAAGGCGUUGCAUCUCUUAGACGACUCGGAGUUAGAAGAUAGUAAUCAUGUUAUAGCUGUGGAAAUGCCUUCGCCGACCAAUGAGAAGCAAUUGCUGGAGGCGUCAAGAAAUACUUCGGAAGAAUCACAAUUACUUACAAGACUGAACGAUGAUGACAUGCUGGUUGGGGACCAAUGCACAUUGCAAGGGUACGUCCGACGUAAAACAGUAAUGAAACAUGGCCGCAAACCGGCGGUUACGUCAUGGCAACGAUAUUGGGUGAAAAUAUGGGCGUCAUGUCUUGCUUACUAUCCACCAAAAUCAUUUAAGGGUUCGCAAAGAUGUGACUUUAAAAGCGAACCCACGAAAAUGGUUUCGCUGGUCGGCGCGCACGUCCUGCUCGGCGAUAACUCGCCGCACACGGACGUCUUCCAGCUUAUUGACCAACAACGACGAAACAUUUAUAAGUUUCGCGUUGGUACGGCGGGUAUGGCCGACAGAUGGUACCAACACAUCAAGCGGGCUGCCGCUAAUGACGAUACUCCUCUUCCCGACAACCUGAUGACUUUCGAGUGAAACUCCUCUGCGUUUCUUUAUAUUCUGACAUUUCGUUUUAGAAAGAUAAACAAAACCCUUGUUUAGAUUGUUUUUGUAUAGUUUUAUAUUUGACAAAAAGUGGAUUUUAUUUUUCUUACUUUUUAUUGAUUACGAUUUAUGCGUAUGCAUAGUCAUUCAAUACAUGCUGUUUAGUUAUUGCUUGCAUUGGAGUUCGUUGCUUGCUUUUCAAAUGUUUGAUGAAGUGAAAAUGAGAGCAAUAAAUGUGUAUGUGCAAUAUUCUAAACUCACGCGAGCUGUACCAAAAUAACGUUUUGAGAUAUUCGAAAAGAUGGCGUUUCAAGUAUUAUUCCACAAUUUAACAUAAAACAUAGUUGAAGAAAGAGGACAGAUCUCGUGACACUGUUUGAUUGUAAACAACUUUUUUUAUCGCGCUGAACCAGUUCCAUUCUGCGUUCGGGCUAUGUACUAAAGUUUGCUCGCUUCAGUCUGUUUAUCUACAAGCGGUGCAACACACGCGUUUCUCGUGCAAGCCUCGUUUGUGUUUGGUUGAAAUUCGUCAUCCAUCGAAAUUACGAAAUUUAAUUUCAUCUCUUCGCGCUCAUCGGUAUUUGUGGUUGAAAUUCGUGGUACAUUUGGUUACAUCUCUGGAAAAUGGAAUUCUUUCACCCAAUCCAAUCCAACAUCUACGACAUUUCACUGUUAAUGUAAUAACUUAUACAUAGAAAAAUAAUUAAAAUUGAGGGCAUACAGGUUCAGUAAAUCGAGUUUUGUUUUCACAGGAUUUUAGGACUUGUUUAAAACUAUUUAUCUGCUUUACUGGGGCAUUCCAUGGAUCUGGACACAGUGCAACAUCUUACAUUUUGUGAUACACAGAGCCCAGAAAGAAAAGGACUGAAGAAUGAAGUUAAUAAACACCGUCAAACGUCGCUAUACUUUUUUCUACUUUCAACAUAAUUGGACCAAAAAUCUGCGCGAAACUUGUGUUUCAAAUUGAAUUUUUAUUUUGUAUCAUCCUGUCUGUCAAUGUUAAUUUCUUUCUUUGUCUCUACGUAGUCUUGAGUUAACAUGUCCCUUCGACAUUCUUGUACUUUGCAUAACUAAUAUCUCUCAAAGUAGUGUGUAAUGUGUUUAUAUUAGAUAAAUAGUAUUACCAUUGUC